GUUUCCUGACUAUAAAGUUACAAGUGAUUUUUAUCUUUAAUUUCAGAACAAUUCAACCAUAUAUAGCGGGCACCAAGAUAACAUCUAUACAACACAAAACAAACAAUUUCAAGAAUCUACAAGUAAAGCUGACUUAGAAGAAUAAUUGUUAAGGUGAAUUCAAAACACCAAGUUUUAAAAUUUGGGCAUUUCAAAAUGGAGACAAGUGAACUACAUAUUGUUGAAAGUGGUGAUAAUAUGAAUGUUGUAAUAAAAAAAGAACCAAUAGACAGCGAUGAAAGUAAUACUCCUGAAUGUAUCAAAUAUGAAACCGAAGGAUUUGAAUUCCAAAGUUAUAACAAUAUGAAUAGAUCAACAGAACUUGAUGUGAAUUCUACAACUUUACAUAAUAUUGAUGUCAAGCAAGAAACUGCUACAAAUGUCUACUAUGAUGACAAUAUUGUUAUUAAAGAAGAAAAUAAUGAACCCAAGGAAGGUGAUUUCUCAAGUGGAGAUUGUCAAAUAAAUAAAUAUACAAUGGAGUUUGAAACAGAGGCUAUCUCUGGAGAUGAUAAUUUUGAUGUAAAGCAGGAAUUUAGUAUGGAAGAAAAUGCAAUCUUUCCACAUGAAGAACAUGACGACCUUGAUGGCUUUGGUACCAAUGGACAGAAACAAGAGAAUGAAGAACUCAUCGAUGAUCAUAUGUAUGAUGGCAACAAUAUCCUGAGUGAUGACAACAAUACGCCAAGUGAUGAUACCAAUGAAGUAAAUAAUGUUGAUGAUAGGCCGAUUGGAAAAAAGCGAUUUCAAUGUCCAAACUGUGACAAAUCUUAUACCUCAAAAGGUGGUUUGAAUGAGCACUUACUAAUACUUCAUAAUCCUUAUUCUUAUCAAUGUGGUGUUUGUAAGGAAUUAUUCAGAAAUUCCAAAGAACUCGAACAGCAUAUGAUUAAACACUCAAAGGAUGAGAAGAAAUAUUUCAAAUGCCAGUACUGCGAUAGACUGUUCAGAACAAAGAGGAGUUGUAAAGAACAUGAAACCAUUCAUACAGGAAAACCACACAAAUGUGACAUCUGUGAAAAAACCUAUGUCACAAAACAAUCUUUAAAGAGACAUGAAAAAAUACACAUUAGAGAGAAAUCUAAUAGUACUAUUGAAAACGGAAAUGUGGAAAAUAUCAAUGAUCAAAGUACCAGGUCACAAAGUGAAAAUAGCCUAACUGAAGACUGUCUACUAGAUGCAAACGAAGUUGACAUAAAAGAAGAAAGCACCUCUGUAAAUGAAAAAUCACUUAGCUGCUGUGGAAUAAAGUUUAGCUCAUUUACUACCUUAGAAGCACAUGAACGCUUGCAUAAAAAAAUCACAAAAAGAAAUCACAGUUUGAAGUGCCAGUACUGUGAAAUGACCUUUACUGAAAUGCAUUUACUAAAAGAUCAUGAGAGAAAGCAUACAGGAGAAAAACCUUAUAAAUGUCAGUUUUGCGAUUCAUACUUCAGAACAAGCGGUAAUAGAUAUGGCCAUGAAAAGAAUAGAUGUCAUAUUGGGAAGCCAUUCAAAUGUACAAUUUGUGGAAAAGGCUACACUGACCAUGCACUGUUAAAAGCCCAUGGACAACUUAUGCACAUGAAAGAAAAACAAUAAAAAGAGAAGGUUUGAAUGAUUUUAAUUGCCUAUUCAAAAUCGCUAAUUAAUGAUCAAUGAUUCAAUAUUUUGAUUCUGAUCUCAAUUCAAUAAAAUAUUUUACUUUAUGAUUAUUCAUAUACAGGGUAUCUCAAAAAAUGAACCCAAAAAUACAGCACAGAUAAACCAAUCAAUAUUUUCAGACAUUUUUUGCUUGCCAAAGCAUGUAAGUUUUCUCCCCAUUACGCAGUUUUUAAUUCAGUCUUGACUUUUGAUGCUUCAACUCUUUUAACACCACAUAAUCAAUGUAACCUUUAUCUUUCGAUGACAGCCUUCAUUGUUAUUGGUACAUUGUGCAUCACAUUGGG